AUGAGCCGGCCCCCGGCGACGGGGAAAAUGCCCGGCGCCCCCGAGGCCGUGCCGGGGGACGGGGCGGGCGCGAGCCGCCAGAGGAAGCUGGAGGCGCUGAUCCGAGACCCUCGUUCACCCAUCAACGUGGAGAGCUUGUUGGAUGGCUUAAAUUCCUUGGUCCUUGAUUUGGAUUUUCCUGCUUUGAGAAAAAACAAGAAUAUAGAUAAUUUUUUAAAUAGAUAUGAGAAAAUUGUGAAAAAAAUCAGAGGUCUACAGAUGAAGGCAGAAGACUAUGAUGUUGUUAAAGUUAUUGGAAGAGGUGCUUUUGGUGAAGUGCAGCUGGUUCGUCAUAAGGCAUCACAGAAGGUUUAUGCUAUGAAGCUUCUUAGUAAGUUUGAAAUGAUAAAAAGAUCUGAUUCUGCUUUUUUCUGGGAAGAGAGAGAUAUUAUGGCCUUUGCCAACAGUCCCUGGGUGGUUCAGCUCUUUUGUGCUUUUCAAGAUGAUAAGUAUCUCUACAUGGUAAUGGAGUACAUGCCUGGUGGAGAUCUUGUAAACCUUAUGAGUAACUAUGAUGUACCUGAAAAAUGGGCCAAAUUUUAUACUGCUGAAGUUGUUCUUGCUCUGGAUGCCAUACACUCCAUGGGCUUAAUUCACAGAGAUGUAAAACCUGACAACAUGCUCUUGGAUAAACAUGGACAUCUAAAGUUGGCAGAUUUUGGCACAUGUAUGAAGAUGGAUGAAACAGGCAUGGUGCAUUGUGAUACGGCAGUUGGAACACCUGAUUAUAUUUCACCUGAGGUUCUCAAAUCACAAGGGGGUGAUGGUUACUAUGGGCGAGAAUGUGAUUGGUGGUCUGUGGGUGUUUUCCUUUUUGAGAUGCUGGUGGGGGAUACUCCAUUUUAUGCAGAUUCACUUGUAGGAACAUAUAGCAAAAUUAUGGAUCAUAAAAACUCACUCUGUUUCCCUGAAGAUGCAGAAAUUUCUAAACAUGCGAAGAAUCUCAUUUGUGCCUUCUUAACAGAUAGGGAGGUACGACUUGGGAGAAAUGGGGUAGAAGAAAUCAAACAGCAUCCUUUCUUUAAGAAUGAUCAAUGGAAUUGGGAUAACAUAAGAGAGACGGCAGCUCCUGUAGUACCUGAGCUCAGCAGUGACAUCGACAGCAGCAAUUUUGAUGACAUCGAAGAUGAUAAAGGAGAUGUAGAAACCUUCCCGAUUCCUAAAGCUUUUGUGGGAAAUCAGCUACCUUUUAUAGGAUUUACCUACUAUAGAGAAAAUUUGUUAUUAAGUGACUCUUCAUCUUGUAGAGAAAAUGAUUCAUUACAAUCAAGGAAAAAUGAAGAAAGCCAAGAGAUUCAGAAAAAAUUAUACACAUUAGAAGAACACCUUAGCACUGAAAUACAAGCCAAAGAGGAACUAGAGCAAAAGUGCAAAUCUGUUAAUACUCGCCUUGAGAAAGUAGCAAAGGAACUAGAAGAAGAGAUUACUUUAAGGAAAAAUGUGGAAUCAGCAUUAAGACAAUUAGAAAGAGAAAAGGCACUUCUUCAACACAAAAAUGCAGAAUAUCAGCGGAAAGCUGAUCACGAAGCAGACAAGAAGCGAAAUUUGGAAAAUGAUGUUAACAGUUUAAAGGAUCAACUUGAAGAUUUGAAAAAAAGAAAUCAGAACUCUCAAAUAUCCACUGAGAAAGUGAAUCAGCUCCAGAGACAACUAGAUGAAACCAAUGCUUUGCUGAGAACAGAAUCUGAUACUGCGGCCCGGUUAAGAAAAACCCAGGCAGAAAGUUCAAAACAGAUUCAGCAGCUGGAAUCUAACAAUAGAGAUCUUCAAGAUAAAAAUUGCCUGCUGGAGACUGCUAAGUUAAAACUUGAAAAGGAAUUUAUCAAUCUUCAGUCAGUUCUAGAAUCUGAAAGGAGGGACCGAACUCAUGGAUCCGAGAUAAUUAAUGACUUACAAGGUAGAAUAUCUGGCCUAGAAGAAGAUUUAAAGAAUGGCAAAAUCUUAUUAGCAAAAGCAGAGAUGGAGAAGAGACAACUACAGGAGAGACUUACUGAUUUGGAAAAGGAAAAGAACAACAUGGAAAUAGAUAUGACAUACCAACUAAAAGUUAUACAGCAGAGCUUAGAACAAGAAGAAGCUGAGCAUAAGGCUACAAAAGCACGGCUGGCAGAUAAAAAUAAGAUUUAUGAAUCCAUUGAAGAAGCAAAAUCAGAAGCCAUGAAAGAAAUGGAGAAAAAGCUCUCAGAGGAAAGGACGUUAAAGCAGAAAGUGGAGAACCUAUUGCUGGAAGCUGAGAAGAGAUGCUCUAUAUUUGACUGUGACCUCAAACAGUCACAGCAGAGAAUCAAUGAACUCCUUAAACAGAAAGAUGUGCUAAAUGAGGAUGUUAGAAAUUUGACAUUAAAAAUAGAGCAGGAAACUCAGAAGCGCUGCCUUACACAAAAUGACUUGAAGAUGCAAACACAGCAAGUUAACACACUAAAAAUGUCAGAAAAGCAGUUAAAACAAGAGAAUAAUCAUCUCAUGGAAAUGAAAAUGAGCUUGGAAAAGCAGAAUGCUGAACUUCGAAAGUAA